AUAGGCCGUAGAAAUUAGCGGUACUAAAAGUCUAAACUAACCAGUGGUAUACAUAGAAGGAAAAGAAUGAAGUGAUUAACCAAAAUCCCAAAACCCCAGCUCCCCUGACAUUUGCUGCCCCCCUUCUCUCAAACCAAAAACCUCUGCUUUUCCAGUAAAUGCUUCACCCAUUGCCACUGCGGUUGACAAGUGCGGCGCUGACUGUCUCAGGAUUCGGCAAUUUGGCUUAAAUUCUAUCUAAGUUGCGUAUAGUAUUUUGGGGUUUUCUGGUAUGGCUACCUGCACAUCGACUUGUUUUACGCGUUACGAUGCUCGAAGGUCAAUGGGGAUUUUGACCGUUCUUGGAGGAAAAGUAGGCCCGCUGAAAACGCCCGAUGAAAAGAUUGGCUUUUUGAAUGUUAGCCAAAGGGGUAGUCCAAUUUGCACUCAGAUUAAGUGUUCAACAAACUCUCAUAGUGUCAGCCAAUUUCAGAGCAAGGAUCCCUUUCUGAAUUUGCACCCAGAAAUUUCGAUGCUUAGGGGUGAGGGGAACCCCACCAUAGCCAACCCUCGGCAGGAUAGCUCAAGUGGAAGUGUUACAGAGAGUUUGAGAGAUACUUCGAGCUCAAACAAUUACAAUGAGGCAAAGAUAAAAGUUAUUGGUGUUGGAGGUGGCGGGUCAAAUGCUGUCAAUCGAAUGAUUGAGAGCUCUAUGAAGGGUGUAGAGUUCUGGAUUGUUAACACGGAUGUCCAAGCCAUGAGGAUGUCACCUGUUUUUUCUGAGCAACGCUUGCAAAUUGGUCAAGAGCUUACCAGGGGACUUGGAGCUGGUGGGAACCCGGAUAUUGGGAUGAAUGCUGCUAAAGAAAGCAAAGAAGCAAUUGAAGAUGCAGUUUACGGUUCAGACAUGGUUUUUGUCACGGCUGGAAUGGGUGGAGGAACUGGGACUGGUGGGGCUCCUGUAAUUGCUGGAAUUGCUAAAGCAAUGGGUAUCUUGACAGUAGGCAUUGUUACAACUCCUUUCUCCUUCGAGGGCCGUAGAAGAGCCGUUCAAGCACAAGAAGGGAUUGCAGCUUUGAGAGAGAAUGUCGAUACACUGAUUGUCAUUCCAAAUGACAAAUUACUGACUGCAGUCUCCCCAUCUACACCAGUAACAGAAGCAUUUAACUUGGCUGAUGAUAUUCUUCGACAAGGAGUCCGUGGUAUCUCAGACAUAAUCACGAUUCCUGGGCUGGUGAAUGUGGAUUUUGCUGAUGUGCGUGCCAUUAUGGCUAAUGCUGGUUCUUCAUUGAUGGGCAUUGGGACUGCAACAGGGAAGACAAGGGCUAGGGAUGCUGCAUUGAAUGCUAUUCAAUCUCCAUUGUUAGAUAUCGGGAUAGAGAGGGCUACUGGUAUUGUGUGGAAUAUUACUGGUGGCAGUGAUUUGACAUUGUUUGAGGUAAAUGCUGCUGCAGAGGUCAUAUAUGACCUUGUGGAUCCAAGUGCCAAUUUAAUCUUUGGAGCUGUUAUUGAUCCAUCACUAGGCGGUCAAGUUAGUAUAACCCUAAUUGCUACGGGAUUUAAACGCCAAGAAGAAAGUGAGGGGAGACCUCUUCAGGCAGGUCAGAUGGCACAAGGAGAUGCAGGUCUUGGAAUGAAUCGACGACCAUCAUCCUUCCUGGAAGGUGGUUCUGUGGAGAUCCCUGAAUUUUUAAGAAAGAAAGGGCGUUCUCGCUAUCCAAGAGCUUAAGAUUGGGGUAAUGGGUUCAAUGGCAAAUUUCCACAGGGAAGCAUCGUAUGCAAUCCUUCAAGAAUAAUAAAUACACUCUGCUCUCUUCAAGAAUAAUGGGGAGGUAGACAAUGACGACGACGGGUAUCAUCUAUUGUCCAGGCCAGCGGAAUAUUGUACAGUAUACUUGUUUUUAUCACCGUAGAUGAACUUGUGCAUAUAUGUUGACGAUUGCAGUGGAAUUAGCAUUAGUCUUUCAGAGUUCAUACCCCUGGUGAGCAGUGUUUGUGGAGUGGUUUCUUUUUUUUUUUUUGGUUUCCUUUUUGAGAUAUUGCUUCUCGCAAUAGGUGGUUUCUCGUUGCCAUUCUGCUGAGACCAA